GUGCCAGUAUAUUGAAGAGGGUAAUACACUAAGUUUGCAGCUGCUGCCAUCAUAGUUGUUAAACACCUGUCUAACUUAAUGUGGGUUAUUCACCUAGUUCCUCUCAGAUAAUGACCUGGUGUAACUGCCUCAUAAUUUUUUUCCGAAAAUGCUGCGGAAAAAGUAGUAAUGAAUUUGACUGUUUAGCGAAUGACCAGUUGGCAUCAUUUCAAUCUACCUACACAGUACGGAGGAUAUCGAGUUUCGGUCAUACUAUUAUAAAUGAAAAUGGUGAAGAAAGUGAAAUUGAAAGGCAUUCGAAUAUACUUGCAUAUAAUGCAGAAGCAGUGCCUUGGUCAAGCAAACCAGCACCCGUUCAACCAGGAGUAACUCAUACAGAUAUCUUGAGCCAAAUUAAAAAACUGCCUACAAUCAACGAAAGUCCAAAGAAAGUCAAAACAAAGCACAAAUGGAAAAAAGCAGAUUCUGCCAACAAAAAAGAUUUAUUUCAAAAAUUUUAUAAAGACAACUGUUGUAGUCAGGAUUUACUCUUGACACCACUCAAACGAAAUGUAUUGGAAUCUAAUAGUAUAUCACAGGAUGACUUAUUCAACAAGUAUAAAAAUAAAACGGAAAGCAAACGACCUUUAUUGGCAACAUUAACGAUACCAAAAGGGCAACUUAAAUCUUUGUCUUCACCUGAUUUGGCUCAUUGUGACACCCAGCAACCAGAUGAAAAAACUAUACCUAAAGAAUAUCGACCAGCUAUUUGCGAACCAGAUGGACCACAGAGUAACUGGAAAUCAAUGGAUGAUGGAAAGAACUUAAAAUUAAAAGAAGCUGAAAGAAUCGCUAAGCUAUAUGGUUUAGAUUUAGCUUUGUACACAGAGGAAGCUUUAAGGCCGUUGAAUAUUAAAAAGAAACCAGAUACGGUGACAAUACUGACUUGGACAGAAGAACCAGCAGGUACCCUAGAUAUCUCCUUGAACAUCAACUCACUUCAAAAACAACUAAUGGUGACAAUUAAUGCUAUACAAUCUCUAUGUGGUGAAGGAAUGGAACGAGAACCAUUUGAAUCGAUAAUUAAGCUGACAUUAUUAAGUAAAAAAAAAAUUGUAAAAUCCAGUAAACGAAUAAUAGCAAGUUUGAGCCCAAAAAUAGAUCAGACAUUUUCAUUUUCAACAAAGGAUAUUGAUUCAAGAGCUAUAAGAUUUUCAGUUUACAAUGCAGAAUGGCAAGGAAAAUAUGAUGCAGUAGGACACAGUUUAUUACCAAUACACGAUAGUUUACACACCAUCGACAAUCUCAUUUUAAAAUUAUAUUCACAAUUGAGCCUAGAAAAAAGUUCUGGCAUGAUGCAAAUUACUUUUGGCUACGAUGGGACUAGCUUCAAUAUCACAAUUGAUAAAAUAUUUAAUUUUGAUCCUAAAUUGAGGAAAUGUAAAUUAUAUACAAAAAUAUCUUACUACAGCUUAUCAAAAAAAAUGAAAGAAAAAUCAUCACCGAUGAGCUGGUCUGAAAAUGGAAGCGAAGAAAUAAAUUUCAAUUACAGUACUUCAUUUAAAAUUGAUGGCACAGGGAAAUGCCACAGUUAUAUUGUUGUCUCAUUAAAAAGCAACGAGGAUUACACAAUGUUUAAACAAGACAAAGUCAUAGGAAGAGUAAUCUUAGGGCCUUAUUUUUACUCUGAAAAUGGAAAUCCUACCCCAUGGGGAAGAGCGAUAAUAAAUAAACAAACCUUGAGCUAUCAUUUUAAAUUACUUACAUAAGUUACAGAAAAAAAUCAUUGUUAUAAACUUAUAUUUUUAUAAUUAGACAUACAAUAUGAUGGAAUUAUGAAAGUUAUAGAACUGCUGCCAUGAUAACAGGAUACAUAUUAUUCCUUAUUAAAAAGUAAUGAUGUAAUAUUUUACAUAUUUACAAGUUUUAUACAUCAAAUAUAAAUCUUAAAACUUUCAACAUACAGUUAAGGUGAAAUAUUUUUUUAAGUUAUCACACGAUCCCUUCUAUAUGCUUCUUAGACAAUCUAUUUGACAUAGAGUGUCGGAUUUACCAAGCACUUCAGUUGUUGAUUGACAACCAUGAUUUUCUUGAAUACUUUAUUAAGAACACAUGCUUGUCUUUAUGUUCAUUAUUUUUCGAUUGUUUUUGAGACAUUGCCUGUUAUUUCAGCUGCUUGCAUUUGUUCUAACAAUUCAUUUAGUAUCUAAAAUUCUGAAAUAAUUUAGUAGAGCUCAGAGAUAUCUAAUAUUUUCUAAAUUUUGUUUAAACAUUAUUUUAUACAUUUAGACUUGUAAAAACAUCAUAAAAAUCCUGGCAGGGAAUGAAAAUCCAUCUAUUUGACUCAUGUAAUGUUAAAAAAAAGAAUGAAAAGA